GACACGGCUGAUGCAAUAAUGUGAUGGGUUUCCUCGGACAAGCACUUAAAACGGCAGAGAAAUGAUUGGUUCGUAGUAAGAGCAUGAAAGCCCCGAAUGACACGAGAAGACAAGUUGUCGUUCAAGAUGUGUGCGGUUAUGAGAGGAUAUUGCUUCUGAAAAGAGGAGCUUGAUCGUUUAUAAGGAUUCCCAGAUCACUAAAAUAAUCUCUCUUUUCAUGCAAAGUACCUCCUAUGACGUUAGAAAGGAUGAAAAUUUAAAAACAAAUUUCUGCUAUACAACCGACACAAUGAUUACUGAAUGUCAACAAUUUGUCACGAAUUCUGAUUGGUUGAUUUUUUUUCUCGGUGUUUCAUCAUUCAGCUGUUUACAUAUCACGCUCUGAGCACAUGCGACAGUCGGCUUUAAAACUAAACCAUAGCGACACCGGCAAUUUUGUAAUUUGUUCUCCUAGCCUGAGGACAAGCUUAGUUUAGGAGCAAAAUCCCAAGUAGACAAUUUUACAGAGGUGUGCUGAGUUCUUGCGAAAAGAUGACGGAGAAAGAAAAAGCAACCGAGAAAGGUGCUACGUAUAAAACGGUAUCAACAGUGGCAAUAUUAGCUACAGAUGAAGAAGACCACAAGGGCCGAGUGGAAGUUAUCGAAGCCGAGAAAGUACGACUUGGCUGGGACAAUAAAGUGCAAUUUCUACUCUCCGCGAUCGGUUUCGCUGUUGGAUUAGGAAAUGUUUGGAGGUUCCCUUGGCUUUGCCAGAAGAAUGGAGGAGGAGCUUUUUUGAUACCAUACUUAGUGAUGCUCAUCUUCGAAGGAAUCCCCAUCUUCUACCUGGAACUCAGCAUUGGCCAGCGACUUCGCCAGGGAUCUAUUAACGUCUGGAGCACAGUAUGUCCUUACCUGGGAGGGGUGGGCAUUGCAACGACAGUGGUUUGCAUUCUUGUUGGUAGCUACUACAACGUGGUCAUUUCCUGGGUGUUGUUCUACUUCUUCAACUCGUUCCAGUCUCCUCUUCCUUGGGCAGAGUGUCCAAAGGUGUCGAGUUACAACAGUGAGCUGAACACCACUAAACUGACAACACCCAAAGAAUGCUCCGGGAGUAGCCCAACUGCCUACUAUUACCAUCGCGAGACGUUGAUGCACGCUAACAGGGUAGAGGAGAGCGCUGUGAUAAACUGGAAGUUGGCUGUGGCCUUGGUGGUCGCCUGGCUGCUGGCGUACCUUUGUAUCAUCAAAAGCAUUCAGUCAUCUGGCAAGGUGGUCUACUUUACGGCGACAUUUCCUUACGUGGUUCUGCUUGCAUUCUUCAUCCGGGGUCUUCUUUUGAAGGGCUUUGAGACAGGUAUUAUUUACCUGUUUACUCCAAAGUGGGAACGACUUCUGGACCCACUUGUAUGGCUAGACGCAGCUACACAAAUCUUCUUCUCUUUGGGUCUGGCUUUUGGCACUAUGGUUGCCUACGCCAGUUACAAUUCCAUUCACGAAAACACGCUGCGUGACGCCAUUACAAUUUCUGCCGUUAACUGCAUGACUUCCUUGUUCGCUGGGAUUGUUGUUUUCUCCAUUUUAGGAUUCAGAGCAACAUACAUGUUGGACGACUGUGAAGCAAGUAAUGCGAGAAUCUUGGAAAGCCUCAACGCAACCCUUCACACGCUGAACACAACAGGGCUGUCCACACAGCAUGUCGAAUGGCUUAAAGGCAACACCACAACCAAUGUCACAAGUGAACUUCAAAAAUGUGACCUGGAGACUUUCCUCACAGAUGCAGCAAGUGGUCCAGGACUGGUGUUCAUUGCAUUUACUGACGCCAUCAAUCAAAUGCCUGGUGCAACCUUCUGGUCCAUCAUGUUCUUCCUGAUGCUUUUGACCCUCGGCCUUGACAGCUUGUUUGGAGCUCUAGAGAGUGUAACAACAGCCUUGCAAGAUGUCAGAGGUUUCGGAAAGCUUCGAAGGGAAAUUUUAUCUGGGCUUUUGUGCAUUACCGGGCUUUGCAUUGGCCUUCCCAUGGUGACAUAUUCUGGUGAAUAUGUCCUUCAGAUGUUUGACAGCUUUGCAGGCAACCUUCCCCUCCUGCUCAUUGCAAUAUGCGAAUGUGUUGGUGUUUGCUAUUUCUACGGCAUCAAAAGGUUUUCUGAUGACAUAGAGUACAUGACUGGCAGCCGACCAAAUCUCUUUUGGAAAAUCUGCUGGAUGUUCAUCACACCAGCUGCGAUGUUGGCAAUCCUGAUCGCCAGUAUCAUCCUCAUGUCACAAGGGAAAGCUUCUUACUACGCCUGGAACGAGGGCAAGGCCACGUACGAGAAAGUCCCUUACCCCGACUGGGCAGUUUUUAUCGUUGUCGUCCUUGUUCUGAUGUCAGUCGUGUUCAUCCCUGGCGUCGCCAUUGCUCGGUACUUUGGUCUGAUUAAAUACCAGCGGUUGGACCCUGUUCCCCUGAAAGAAGCUGAAGUAGGCCCCCAUGUGAAAGGGAUUGAGGACACCAACGUUUAACGUUACAGAGACAUUAUGUAUUUUACUCAGAUCUUACAGUAAAAUGAGUAUCUCAUGAUUUAAGCAUACAUUAUAAGAGGAUAAAUGUUAUGAAGAUGUUACGUCUUGUUAACAGUUCAGUCUCAACUCUAUAACAGUAAUAUUUAAAAGUACUUUGAAGUCAGGUUAGGACGGUUUUCACUUGAGUAUCGAAAGCAAUUUGCAUUUGUUCUGGUUUUGCUUUACUACGUUGAGUGAUUGGCUUAAAAAACUCGCGCCACUUUCUCAUCCAAUCAGAAGACAAACCAAAAGCAAUCGAGAUUCGCUCGCACACGGCCGGUUUCCCGCGCUUCGUGUCUACUGCAUUCAUUUGCUUCGAGUUUUGAUUGGUUCUCUGAAUUUUCUGCACGGUGUACUUUGUGAUUGGCUAGAGUAAUUACUAAGGUUUUUGUUUUACGACAAUCAAUUGAAAACCGCUCUAAUUAUCUAACAAGUGAUAGUAAUAAACUAUUAAAAGUAAAAAUAGUUUAAGAUAAGGUUAUUUUGCAAGAAGGCUUUUAAAAACCUUUUUGGAAUAAAAAGGCUUUUUUAUUUUCUUAUUGUUUGUUCACUAAAUGAAGUCUUCAUUGCGAUAGAAAAAGCCCUGUUAUUUUUGUAUGAUUAAUGACAUUAAUUACAGAUUAAUUAGUUAAGUUAUCAUUGAUUUAGGUAGCAUAGAUGACGUUUGUUGUGUACAUAAAGCUAGAACUUAGUAUUCACAAAGAUUGACUCAACCAAUCAGCAUAACACUUUUCCUCGUAAAUUGAUAGUUCGGUAAACGGCAAGUGUCACUUGGAAUCAAAUGAAAAUUCUUAGUGAUAUUUUCAGUAGCCAAUCUUGCAUACAGUAUUCUAAAUUAAUACUUUGACGACACUCUAUCGCCUUAUUAUCAUCGGCCUGGACUCUUUCGGUUUCUUAGAGUUUCAUCAAUUCUCGUACUAGUUAUAAAAGUCCCAUGGCAUCAACGGCUUUGAGACAACAGUAAAAAAUCACGUAAGUAGUAUAGGGCGAUGACACAGGUCUUUACAGCAUCCUUGCGUUUUGUAUUGACUCUUUGACACUGUUUUCAGUACUCGUUGUCAAAAAGACGUUUUCACUUACUUAUCUAGCAUCUGAUAACCUAGGUAUUGCAUAGUACAAGUUACAUAAAAGGAAAACUGACUACAUGAACUUCAAACCCAAGAGAUCCAGAGAUAUCGCUCCCGUUUUGUGAGGAGUAGGACAGUUGUACCAUUCAUGGCUUGGCACAGCAUACCUUUUUAAUCUGGCAUGCCCCCGGUUAGAGGGUAAUUCCGUGGGACAUCAACCAUGCAAAAAUUACCACUUGUCGUUAUAGAGUAGAUACCUCCCAGAGAACGAAUAGAAAUGAAUUUAAGGAAAGCUCGGACCUUUAAAGGGUAUUAUAGCAGCCAUAAAGUACUAGAGGAACUUUUUCUCGUUUUAGGAUUUGUUCUCAGCCUAUUAAUAAUUUAAGGAAUUGACAUUUACAAAGCAAGAGAUUGGUAUCCUUUAGAGCUUCCUUUCAAACUUUAUGAGGAUCAUUCCUUUCACAUUCAUUUGGAAGCGUUCCCACGUUAUUUAAACUAGUGUAAAACAAUUAAAUACUUUGCUGGCAAAUUAUAUUGCCUUUGGUAAAAUGAAUAAAAGUAGCAUUCCUUGAUUGAAAAUAUGUAAUAAAUUAUGUCUUUCACCCUCCCUUUAUAGAAGUUCAACUCUGAAUUUACUCGAUGGUACCUUUCUGAGACUCGUGGCUACAUAGUUACAUGCUCGCAAACGCGCAUUGCAAGUGACCUAUGUGCGUACGGCGCCGUGCGGACAAUAACAUGACAAAAAUGAAAAGUUUUUAGCUCUUCGAGGUAUGUGGCCCCGCCCUCUGGCACCUUCGACGAACAAAGCACAUUUCCUAAAAGAAUUUCUAACACCAGAUGCAUGCAAAUGUUCGCCAGUAAGAACAAAAUGGAACAGAAUCGCUUGCUUGUUUCCAUGAAUUUAAAGCUUUGACUGAAGAAAUAAAUUCUUGAAAAACGCCCAUCUUAGCCUGAGAACAGGCUCCGGCUGGAAGCAGAUCUCUGGGCUGGAAGGGCCGAGAAGGAAAUGGUUUCCUCCCGUUUUCUCUUCUGCCCAUCCUCAACAAGAGAGCCUGUUUUCGACUAGAGAGAGCCUACCAUUGGUUGGGUCAGCUUGCCUGAAAUCCUUUAUCCCUUUUCAGCCACAAUCUGCUCCAUUUUCUAUGUCUUUCCGAGACAUUGAGAUAAUUUGUUUUUUAGCGCAAAGGCGGUCGGGCUGGUCACUUAAUUCGCUUUGAUUUUGCACUGACUAUCACUUUCAUCAACCUGAUCAUGAUGUUUGAUUACAUCUAUACGUUGACUGGAAUGACUGAAAAACCUUUCUAGGAUAGUCAUAACAUAAAUCUCGUAGAGAAUGCUUCGGAGUAUUUUUUUUCAACGGCUUAAACAACUGUAAACAACUACAAUAACCAGACCGCUACAAGAUGUUGCCUUUGUGGAAUGUCCCCAGAUGAUUGUAUUUGUGCUAAGCGACCUCGAUUGAUUUGAUUAAAAAACUGUACUAAUUGAUCAAUCGGUAGAAUAAAACGGCAGGGGCCACGAGCACAAAACGAUUACAACCACAGGAAACAUGAAAAGAGCUUGAAAUUACCACCCACAGGAUUCAUUGAGUAAGAUACUCUACACCACGAAAUUGUCUUCUGAAUAUAAUUUUUUUAUUUCCACCAUUGUAUUAAAUUUUACUUUAUUUUAUUAAGAUUCCUUGUUGCCAUGCGUCUGUUCAGUAAUAGAUCACAGAAAGACAUCAUAAUGUGGUAAAGACAUCAAUAUUCAGUGGCACAGUUGGCCAUCACCUCGUGUGUCACCAUAGUUAACUAUGGUGUCACUGAUGUUCUUACCACAUUUGGACGUCAUCUCUGAUCUUUUACUGAACAGACGCACGGCAACAUGGAAUCUACUUGUUUUAUAAAAUAAAGAAACAAAAAAAGAAUGUUACUGAUGUCAUCUAUACGUCUGUCAUCCAAUUGAUCAUAAGGCUUACUGGCUUCCUGGGCUUCGUUGCCUUUAACAUUGAUAUUUUGAAAAUACAUUUAUACAUGGAGAAAAAAAAAA